AUGCCCUACCUCACCUUUGACGACCUUCUAACCCCCCACUCUACCAACAAAGUCAUUUCCCGACCAUCAGAACCUGUACUAUCCUCUGUCACCACUACUUGCUCUGGCACUCCACCACAAACGAGUUUAAGCCCUACUCAGAUAAGUCAACAAUCUGAUCCGAAGGCACUUUCAGAAUCCCACAAUGUCAUGCUCAACCAGGCUACAACGCUGGAACGCUUGAUCCAUUAUCACCCUUCCACUACACUUCAAUAUCCUGAAACCACUAGCUCUCCAAACUCACAAAUUGGUCACCUCUUCACUGUCACCAAAGGUUCAGACAUCUACAAUCCUCUUCGAGAUGUUGCCUACUCGCUUGGACCUCCCAAAGGUACUCGAAAACCUGUCUACGUUUUCCCUCUUGCAGACUCCAAUGGCUGUGCUGUUCCAUGCGCAAGAAUUUUUACCACUUGUCAAGGCUUGAAAAUGUGCCCAUUUUCUGAUCCCCAGCUAGUCCGGCGACCUCAUCUCCAAGCUACAUCCGAGGCUCUGCACCAGCAGCUUCAGCAAGAUAGAUCCCUGGUUGUGGAACCCACACCUGAACAAUACUUUCAGAAGACACUCUCACUUUGGGUAGCCAUUCGCGAUGGUGGGUGUCCCUAUCCUGCACAAGAACUUACAUCCUAUACUGGAUACUCAUAUAUAGUGUAUGUGUGGCUUCUUUUCUUACCUCUUUACCAAUUUUCACUUUCUUUCGGCCUCUUGCGCAGUUGCGAACAUUAUAACAGCCAGUCUUUGAAGAAGCACUUUGUUAAUCGGUCCAUCACUGAUGGCCCAUACAAUGUCGACUAUCUCUUUGCCUUGCUCAAUGAUGACCACCAAACCAUUCUCUAUUGGGAGCAGUAUGCUAAACAUCAUGGAUAUGGGCCACUCGUUCCUUGCAAUCAUGUCCAGAACGUUACCUCCGUGAAAGUCAACUCUCAUACGCACUGCUCUCCAAAAGAUCUCACCAUGUAUAUGACCGAGAUGGUAGCUCUAUCCUGUAAUGCCAAGUUUACUGCAUAUAUACCACUUCCUGAAUAUCGGGACCAAUGUCCUCACACUCUUGUGGUGUGUCACUCUCCCCAUAAUCAUCCGAUUCCAUUACCAACGACUACACCGGAACCCAUUCGACAAUCACUCAAGACCAUGCUCCUAUCACUGGAGCAGGAGCUUCCUGAUAUCACACCACGUCGUCUUCUACAACAUCCACUUUUCUGGUCCUAUCUUGCUGUGCAAAUACCAGAUAUGCCCCUACCCAUGGCAACCGAUUUACAUCUCGCCAUUGUUAUGCAAUACCCCAAUGGAACUGGCUGGAACGGCAUAAAAUCAUUGUUAGACAUUCAGAACCGUACGGUACCAUCCAAAGAACACUAUAUUCGUCAUAUUGAAGAGAUGCCCUGGGAAUCACUCAAUGACCCUGAUCCAGGCCCUCUAGCUGAUGACCAUGGCUCAUUCAGGCUCAUACUGUGCAUGAGCCCAUCUUGCAGCCAUGAUCUCCUUCAUGCCGAAUACGUGGAAUCUGACAUCUCAUUCAAACGAGUGGCUGGUUACAAAGAAUUCAAGCUUGUUGGAUUCGACUAUAUCGCUAAAACUGGUGUGGUUUACUGCUGUGCUCUACUCAAUUGUCAGUCCGCUCAAGCUCAUCAACGACUUUUCGACAAAAUCCGCCAAAUUGUCUAUCUAGACACCAGCAAGUGGCUGCAAUAUCGACACUUGCAUUCUCCCAGCCUCCAUGAACGGCGUGGCAUUCUUCAUUGGGGAGUUGAUCAAGAUGGUGGACAAGCAAGAGGACUUGGUCUACAUCUUCAAGCGAUAGCUCAGAAGGAGAUCCCAUUGUCCCAAAGAGAUUUACACGAGCCUCACCGUUAUCUUCAUGAGCUUAGUGAAUAUGAACAUGUCCAUCGUCUUCUUCAUCUCUGCUGGGUACAUGUCGAGCGCAAUAUCAAGAAGGCUAAAGUCACCGAUGAAGUCAAGACAAUCAUGCGUAGUCUUAUGUGUAUCACUCACAAGAACUUUGACUCAGCCGUUUAUAAGAUCCAAGUCUUAGGGAAAACCACUGGAACCAAUUGGGUUCAGGAUAAAAUACGGUCCAAGUUUGCCUUUGAAGCUAUGUGCUGGGAGAAGAGCAAACUUCCAUUGGACAUCUGGAAAGCUGGAAACUCGCAUACUAAUCUUGCUGAAGGACUCCAUGCAGAUGUCAACCAUGAGGGUAUACAGUGUUCACUUGUAGGGGGUAUCCGCUGUGGCCAACACUUCGACAUGAUGAGGAUGAAGUCCCAACAGGUAUUGCUUCUACUCCUUAUUAUAUGA